AUGGGUAUCCAGAAGAAGCAUGGUAAAGGUCGUCUCGAUAAAUGGUACAAGCUUGCCAAGGAGAAGGGAUACAGAGCUAGAGCUGCUUUCAAAUUGAUUCAAUUGAAUAAAAAAUAUGGCUUUUUGGAGAAGAGUAAAGUUUUGUUGGAUCUUUGCGCUGCUCCCGGAUCAUGGUGUCAAGUCGCAGCAGAGACAAUGCCAGUGAGCAGUUUGAUCGUCGGUGUUGAUCUUUCUCCCAUUAAACCAAUUCCUCGAGUUAUUACUUUUCAGAGCGAUAUUACGACCGAGAAAUGUCGCGCUACCAUCCGUACACAUUUCAAGUCCUGGAAGGCAGAUACAGUGUUGCACGACGGAGCUCCUAACGUUGGUACUGCUUGGGUUCAGGAUUCUUUCAAUCAGGCCGAAUUGGCCCUCCAAUCUUUGAAGCUUGCAACAGAAUUUCUUGCGCCAGGCGGUACAUUUGUUACGAAAGUCUUCAGAUCCAAAGAUUACAAUAGUUUGCUGUGGGUGUUCAACCAAUUGUUCACAAAAGUCGAAGCAACGAAACCUCCCUCUUCCAGAAAUGUUUCCGCGGAAAUUUUCGUUGUAUGUCAAGGAUUCAAGGCGCCAAAGCAUCUUGAUCCCAAAUUUGUCGACCCUCGACAUGUUUUUGCAGAACUCUCGGAUCCUACACCCAAUAAUGAAGCCAAAGUUUUCAAUCCAGAGAUCAAGAAAAGGAAGAGAGACGGUUAUGAGGACGACAAUAUGACACAAUUCAAAGAAAUCCCGGCCAGCGAGUUUAUUCAAACAACCGAUCCCAUUGCCAUUCUUGGUAGCAUGAAUCGCCUCAGUUUUGUACAACCACCAAAUGGUGAUGUAGCUCUGGCCGCACUGGAUAAGCUGCCAGAAACGACAGAUGAAAUUCGCAACGAUUGUGCAGAUCUAAGGGUCCUUGGAAGAAAAGAAUUCAGAAACCUUUUGAAAUGGCGUUUGAAAGUACGAGAAAAGUUUGGAUUUGCUACUAAGAAGGGCGCAAAGGCGGAGCCAGAAGAAGUGGCCGAGGUAGAAGAUAUGGAUGAAGAGUUGAAGAUCCAGGAGGAACUACAGGCUAUGAGCGAGAAGGAGAGCGCUCGCAAGAAGCGUGAAAAGAGAAGAGAAAACGAAAAGAAACAAAGGGAGAUUGUUCGGAUGCAGUUGCAUAUGACAGCACCAACAGAUAUCGGCUUAGAACAAGCAGGACCAAACGGGGAAGGUUCUAUGUUUGGACUGAAAGCAAUAGACAAGGCCGGUGCUGCAAACAAAAUUGCGAAAGGGAAAAUGGCAAUUUUGAAAGAAUCCGACCCUAGAAAGGAGGAAGGUGGAUAUGCCUUUGAAGAUAGCGAGAGCGACGAUGAGCAAGAUCGACUUGACAGGGAGCUUGACUCAAUGUAUGAGAUGUAUCAGGAACAAAAAUCAAGUGCCGAUGCAAAGUUUCGCGCCAAGAAGGCAAGGAAGGAGCAUGAAGAUGGUGACUGGGAAGGAUUUUCAGCAGCGGAAGAACAGAGUGACGAUGAAAAUUUGGAAGAGGACAGUAGCGAUGAUUCUGAUGACGAAGGGCCUUCCAAACAGUCUUUAUUGACUGAUUUGGAACGAAAUGAGAAGAAAACAGGUGGGCUUUCGAAAAGAGCAACUCAAUUUUUCGACCAGGAUAUCUUCAAGGAUAUUGGAGGCAUCCCCGAAGAGGAAUCAGAGGAAGAGGUCGAAGAGGAAGAUGAAGAAGUUCAAGCCGAUCUCGAUGAGCUUAUGAAGGACAGGGUGAUCGAAGAGGAAGAAGAAGACGAGAUUAUGGAAGAAGCACCCGAAGAAAGUGAUAGCAGCGAUGAUGAAAAUGGGUUCGAAGUUGUCAAACGCAGAGAGGGUGAAGAACAGUGGGAAGAUGAAGAACCUAAAAAGGAUGGGCGACUAGACAUCGACAUCAUCACUGCCGAGGCUAUGACCCUCGCUCAGCAAAUCGCUUCUGGACAAAAAUCAAUGUACGACCUCGCCGAUGAGAGCUUCAAUAAAUAUGCGUUCAAGGACCGUGACGGUCUUCCCGACUGGUUCCUUGACGACGAAGGCAAGCACGAUAAACCGCAUCGCCCAAUUUCGGCUGCCGGUGCUGCAGCUAUCAAGGAGAAGCUCCGCGCACUGAACGCUCGACCAAUCAAGAAGGUCCGCGAAGCUAAAGACCGUAAGAAGUUCAAGGCAGCGCAGCGACUCGAAAAAUUGAGGAAGAAGUCUGCAUUGUUAGCUGAUGAAGAGGGCAUGACGGAGAAGGAGAAAGCGAAUAGCAUCGGAAAGCUGAUGAGCAAAGCGGCAAAGAAGAAGCCAAAGCAAAACGUUAAGGUUGUGGUCGCUACUGGUGGUAAUAGAGGAAUUGCGGGUAGACCAAGGGGUGUCAAGGGUAAAUACAAGAUUGUGGAUGCUAGACUGAAGAAGGAUGUCAGGGGUCUCAAGAGGGCGGCUAAAAAGAGAAAGUGA